GAUCCCAGAAAAUUGUGCAUACACGAAAGGACCAAUUUAUCCGGAAUCUACUAACGUACCACCAAUCACUAAUUCUGAAAGUUAUUUUAAUUCUGGGCUGAUAAUUUUACGUCCUUCUAAAUCGAAAUUUAAUGAAAUAUAUAACCAACUUGUAAAUCAUGAAAACCUUGAUCAAUUACCAUUUCCAGAUCAAGAUCUACUUAAUAAAAUAUACAAAGGAAAUUGGGUAGGGCUUCCUUAUAUUUAUAAUGCGUUAAAGACUUUGCGUGAUUGCCAUUCGUCGAUGUGGUCGGACAAAGAUGUUAAGAAUGUUCAUUACAUAACCAAAUACAAACCAUGGAAGGAAGAUAGUAUAAUUAUGGAGCAGAAACUAGAUAGAAGAGAUAGUGUUUCGAUUUUAAACAAUUGGUGGUGGAAAGUCUAUAGAGAUGUAGGGUGGGAUGAUGAAGAUUUUGAAGAAUAA